GCGGUGCUCUGAAAGUGCCCAAUCGCGGCGCGAGAAGGCGAAAGGGGGCGUGGCUCCUCGUUGCUGUGGGGAUUUUCGCGGCAUUUGAAGGGAAGGGAGGCGUUCUUCUCGAGGCGAGCAGAUUACACCUGGAGAGAUGAACGGGCGGGCUCGCGCUAAAGCCCGAGGGCUUUCUAGAGGAGAAGGGUUCUUCAGACAACCUGAUUCUCCCAGAGUGGGUUAUUCAGGGAACGGUGAUCUUUUAGCUUUACAAAGUGAGAACGAAGAUGUUAAAAGCGACACAAGAUCUGGAAAAAGUUCACCAAAAUAUGGUUUUUCUGUUGGAACUUCUGGCUAUAAAGUGAUGGAUAGAGGGGGAAGGAUCCGUUGUAACUUGGAAGACAUGGGAAUAAGAACUAGGGAGACAAUGGAACAUGUCAGAGAUUCUAAAACAGGCUCCAGUGGAAUUCCUGUAAAGGUUGUUACCAACCUGUUCAGUUUAGGCAUCCCCAAAGAAUGGCAAUUGUACCAAUACCAUGUAGCAUUUAUCCCGGAGAUGGAAUCCAGACGCUUGCGGAUUGCACUGUUGUACAGCCAUCCUGAAUUUCUGGGGAAAGCCAAAGUGUUUGAUGGAGCAACACUGUUUCUUGCACACAAACUGGAAAAUGAGGUUACAGAACUAUCUUGUGAAACGCGAAGGAAUGAAACUGUGAAGAUCACCAUUACAUUAACCCACCAGUUACUUCCCAGCAGCCCUGUGACCAUUCAGUUUUUAAACAUUGCCUUUAAGAAGGUUUUGAAAAAGUUAUCAAUGCACCAAAUUGGACGAAAUUUCUACAGUCCUUCAGAUCUAGUUGAAAUCCCCCAGCACAAAUUGACCCUUUGGCCAGGGUUUGCUACAUCAGUCACACAGUAUGAGAAUAGGGUCAUGCUGUGUGCUGAUGUUAGCCACAAAGUACUCAGAAGCGAAAAUGUUUUGGAGUUCAUGAGCAACCUGUAUGACAAUGUGGAUAAGGCACGUUUUACAGAAAUGUGUGAAAAGGAACUGGUUGGGCUUAUUGUUCUUACGAGAUAUAACAACAAGACUUACCGUAUUGAUGAUAUUGAGUGGUCUGUGAAGCCAACAGAUACAUUCCAAAAAAGUGAUGGUACUCAGAUCACUUAUGAAGAUUACUACAAACAGCAAUAUGAUGUAGAUUUGACUGACCUAAAUCAACCCAUGCUCGUCAGCCAGCUGAAAUUGAAAGGCAGCAAAACUGUUGAACCUCGCGUGGUCCAUCUGGUCCCUGAACUCUGCUACAUGACAGGUUUGAGCAGCCGUGCAACUUCUGAUUUCCGUUUAAUGAAGGAUUUGGCUCAAGAAACUCACUUAUCCCCAGAGGUCAGACAUCAACGUCUGUCUAGGCUUGCUGACAAUAUUCAAAGAAACAAAGAUGCUCGCUUAGAAUUAGAAAGCUGGGGACUGCAACUUGGGUGCCAGGCUUCCUUGACUGGUCGUGUGGUCACCUCAGAAAAAAUCCUCAUGCAAAAUGAGAUGUGUAUGCCAAUGAAUGCUGGUGACUGGCUCAGAGAUAUGCGCAAUAUGAAAAUAAUUGGAGUGGCACCUUUGGAGAACUGGAUAGUGGUAUGCACUAUAAGGAACAUGGAGCUAGCCCAUAACUUUGUGACCUGUUUGAGAAGAGUGGGAGGCCCUAUGGGCUUUAACAUGGAAAAUCCCAGAGUUGUGCAAGUCCCAGAUAGCCCCAUGGCCUUUGUGCGAGUCCUGCAGCAGCAUGUGAAUCCUGAGCUACAGCUGGUGCUGUGUCUGUUGCCCUCUAAUCAGAAGGACUGUUACGAUUCGGUAAAGAAGUUUGUUAGUCUUGAGCAGCCUGUUCCUAGUCAGUGUGUACUUGCUCGUACCCUGAGCAAGCAAGGAAUGAUGAUGAGUGUGGCUACAAAAAUUGCUCUGCAGAUUGCCUGUAAGGUUGGCGGAGAGCUGUGGGCAGUUGAGAUACCACUAAAAUCACUGAUGGUGGCUGGCAUUGAUGUCAACAAAGAUGCUGUCAGCAAAGGAACCUCAGUUGUCGGAUUUGUGGCCAGCAUAAAUACUUCAAUAACUAGGUGGUAUUCUCACUGUGUAAUGCAACAUGCAGGAACAAAUACUGCAGAUUGUUUAAAGAUCUGUAUGGAAGGCGCUAUCAACAAAUGGCAGAAGUGCAAUAAUGGACAGCUGCCAGCACGGAUAAUUGUGUACCGUGAUGGCGUCGGAGAUGGGCAGCUGAGGAUGGUGGUAGACUAUGAAGUCCCACAGUUACUGAGUGUUCUUAAUGAAUGUAGUGGUGGUUUCAGAAGACCCAGACUGUCUGUGGUGGUGGUUAGGAAGAAAAGCCUUUGUCGCUUCUUCACUGAAGCCAACAGGAGCCUGCAAAAUCCUCCUGUUGGGACAGUUAUUGACAUGGAGGCCACUCGACCUGAAUGGUAUGACUUUUUCUUAAUAAGCCAACUAGUACGGCAAGGUACCGUGAACCCAACGUAUUACAAUGUUGUCUAUGAUGAUAAUGGAUUAAAGCCAGACCACAUGCAGCGCCUCACAUAUAAGAUGUGCCACCUGUACUACAACUGGACUGGCCUAAUCCGAGUCCCAGCACCUUGCCAAUAUGCUAGCAAAUUGACGUUUUUGGUGAGCCAAAGUAUCCACAGAGAACCAAGCCUGGAACUUGCUGACAAGCUUUUCUAUUUGUGAAGAUGUUGAGAUGGCAGUUGUUAAGAGGGGAGGAAGAGUAGGCUAAUUCAGACACACAUAAAAGAUUUUUGUUCCUAUAACACUUUAAUGUUGCUUUUAAAAUUAAAGUUAUGUACUGUUUGGUUGUA